AAUCUCCAAUAUAAUCAUGCUUUACUGUGCCCGCUAGUGAGAGGUUUAUAAACGUUAGCACAUGUCGACAUGUAUUCCUAGAAACCGGUUUGUCUUGUUAUUCCUGGGAUAGUACACUGGUUAUUAUUGUGCUCGCCAAUGGGAGGUUUAUUAAUGCUGGCCAUGAUUUAUAGAGAAGACAUCUAUUUCAUUCCCAUACUUGUACCUGUUUUUCUUCAUACUUGAUUACACUUGUUGGCAUGCUAUAACUUUAAGUAAGGGCCAUCCAUAUUUUUACUUGCUGAAUUAUCUCACAUAGUUUUCCUCGUCCACCAUUUUAGGUAGUGAGACCCGAGAUAUGGGAAACCAAGUGGAGUGACGAGCUAGAAAGCUAGUCAUUUGUAUUUUGGACAUAGAUUUUGAGAUAUAGAUCAUUAUUUUGUAUGCUAGAUUUUAUUUUGAGAUAUUGAUCUAAAUUUAUAUGAAUUGUUAGUUAUGAAUUUAAUAAGUUCCGAGCCUUAUGCAUUUGUGAGAUUUUCUCACAAGUGUAUGGCAUCUGUUUUACUCUCGGUUUUGGGACGUGAGAGAGAGAGACAAAAUAAUAAUAACAAGUGCUAAAGUGUGAAGGUCUAAAUUCAAAACUUUAUACUAGGAAUUUUUAUACAUACAUAAAGUGCUUAUGAGUUAAAUCUUUUGAGAAGUGGUUUGAAGAAUAUGAUGGAGUAUUUGACUUUAAGUAAAUGUAUGAAAACUCUUGAAUAUUUAAGACUUUGUAUCUUAUUAAACUUUAAUUUCUAAAUUUUCUUUGCAUGCAUAUCAUGUAGUUGUAUUCUUGCAUUAGGAUUUUGUGGGUAAAUCCAUUGAAAAUCACGAGACAUAACUCGUCCACUAAGAUGACCUAGGGGUUUAAAGGCUUGUUGUACAUGCUAAGUGCAUUUGUGAUUCUUACGAAAGUGAGUUAGAUUUUAUUUUCUUAUUGUUUAUUUUUUUUUAUUUUAUUCAAAGAUAGUAAAACUUAAGUUUGGAGGAAUUUGAUGAGUUGAAUUUAUAUACAUAUUAAUGUGAAGUUUCUGCCCUGAUAUUAUUAAUAUUUGGAUGAGUUUUAUAAGAUUUUACAUGAUUUUAUAUAAUUUUCAUUAUUUGUGUAGAAAAAGACUUAAUUGAAGAAAUCAUAAUUUUUAGGAGCAAAAUGUAAAGUUCAGAAAGCAGAGGAUUAAGUUGCGCAGAGUUUAGAAGUUAGAGACCAGGACUAUCGUUUGACCUUGGAAGGCCAAACACCCGACACGGAGUUUUGAUUUAGCGAUUGACUAAAGGUGUUGGCACGUUGUUGAGGGUGUUGACCCCUUAUGCGAUUUAGGCAAACUCGUGGCUGGCUUAUAGUUUGGUGUGGGUCUCACUUCUAUUUUAAUUAGCUUUUUUAAAAUACAAUAAAUAGUCAACUAGUUUCAAAAUUAAAGUAGAGUUUUGGAAGUUGGUGAUAGCCUUCUUUUGGACACUAUUGAAGAUCAAGAUAAACAAUUUAUCAAUAC